AUGGGUGUGCCAGACCUGGACGACGCGAAGCACAUUCACCGUGCCGAACUGACUGCCAUCGUCUGGGUCUGCUUCGGCACCGCUAGCGUUUUUGUGGCGUCUCGCAUAUUUCUUCGCACAUACAACUAUGGCCGGAUAAAAUUGGACGAUGUUUGGAUGAUACUGGCAUGGGCUUCCAUGCUGGUCAUGUGCAUACUUGAGAUGCUGCAACAAAAAUCCCUUUGGUACACGGCAGCGACAACAGAAGGCCAAGUCGACCCAGACUCGGAAAUGAGGAACUCGCAGCUACUCGAGCUUGCGAAGUGGCAAUUUGCCAGUAUAAACCUGUUUUGGGUUUGUCUUUGGUGCGUCAAGGCCAGUUUGCUCUCUUUCUGCAACCAACUCGUCAGUCCUUUCAAGACGCGAAGAAUCAUGUGGAUACUCUUCACGAUAAUUGUGAUAUUGGCGUUCGUCGCCUGCGGUGUAUCAAACAUCGUCUCCUGCCACACUCCAUCCGAUUAUCCUCAUUCAGGCAGAUGCACAACUGGUCUCGAUCUGUAUCGCCAGCGGUUCAAUAUCUUAUUUUCGACGGCUCUGGAUAUUGCCACCGACAUACUCAUCGUGACUCUGCCCCUGUCUGUUCUGCCCCUGAUGAACUUGGACAAGCGCAAAAAGAUUGCCCUGGGGUUCAUGUUUACUCUGAGCCUCCUGAUAGUCUGCGUGUCAAUCGUGCGGAUGACGCAAAUUCUCGUCGACGUCAAUGUUGACCUGGUUGGGCUCACAGUCUGGAGCACCGUCGAGACGUGCAUUGCGUUGAUCAUGGGCUCUGUGUCUCCCUUUAGCGGAUUGCUAUCCCGAAGAGUCGGCAAUAUCAAGACGAUAAAACCUAUUCGAACCAUAAUGGACAAUGACUUUAACCCUGAAAAGUUAUAUCCGCUCGGCUCAAGAACUGUUACCACCACCAAGAUUGAGCCAGUGCCAGUUGGCGAUUUAUACUAUAAGACGCAACAUAGCGAUGGCAUAUAUGUACAGCGGACUUUUGAAUCGUAUGCUGAGGAUUGGGUCGAAACCGAUGGGCACGCGGCUUCGAGUGACGAUGGGUCCGGAUUCGCCAUGGUCAGAAUGGAAAGUGACAAGGCACAUCUUACUCGGAGGUAG